AUGUCUCUUCAGCAACAGCAGUCAGUGUUCACAGUUACCCGCUAGCUUGGAGGCUAACACAACAGCUUAGGAAGAUAUGUAAACAAAGACCCUAUAUCGGUAUUAACGUUGCUCUUAGAGGAGAAAAUGGGGAAACGAGAUAAUAGAGUGGCAUAUUUGAACCCCAUUGCUGCAGCCCGAGCGAGAGGACCGGCGCCUAAUGCUGGGCCUUCAAUUCAAGAUUACCUGAGCAGACCAAGGCCGACAUGGGAAGAGGUGAAGGAACAGCUAGAGAAGAAGAAGAAGGGCUCAAGAGCUCUGGCAGAUUUUGAGGACAAGAUGAAUGAGAGAUGGAAAAAGGAGCUGGAAAAGAACAGAGAGCGAGUACUUGGUAGAGGUGAGAAGAAGGACAAGACGGACAAGGACAAGAAGGAGAAGAAGAAGAAGGAUAAGAAGAAAUCUAGUAGGCAUUCUUCAUCUUCCUCCUCCUCCUCAUCGAGUUCUGAUUCCUCCAGCAGCUCCUCUUCAGAGUCUGAUGAUGAGGAUGAGAAAAAGAGCUCUAAAAAGAAGAAAAAGAAGAAACGUGCUGCAGUGAAGAGAGAAUCUGAUAGUUCCUCUUCAGGUUCCGAUGCAGACAGCAAGGAUUCCUCCAUGAAGAAGAAGAGGAAGCUGGCUGAGGUGGGUGAACCUGAGGUUAAGGUCGAGUCUGAGGUGAAGACUGAAGCAGAAGUGAAAGCCGAGCCUCAAAGUGACGAGAUGGAAGAAGGCCUGGAGUCCGAAGAGAAAGAGGACGGUGAUAGGACUUUCGUUCUUUUAGGAUGGAAGCCAAUUGAUGCUGAACUAGAAGGUGAGUACAGGAAGAAGACUGUGAUCGUGGAGAGGAGGAUGGAGGUGAGGAAGAUGGUGGUGGAGGAGAAGAAGCUGCCCGAGGAGCUGACUGCAGACGAGAAGAAAAACACAGAGAAGAAGAGCUCUGAGGAGAGGGAGAAAUCCACAGAUAAAUCAAAGAAGAAGAAAAGGAAGAAGCACAAGAAGCAUGGCAAGAAAAAGAAGAGGAGAGAGCGGUCAAGCUCGGACUCGGACUGAAGUGUUUUGCGGGACUGGACCUGGGCUGCAGAAGGGGAAUGCACACAUCAUGCCAACACGGACCGACCCCCCACAGGGAAGGCCGCAGUUACGGAGCAGGCGACUUCGUUUGGGAAGAGUUGGGACUUUUUUUAUCUGACGUACAUGAUGGACAAGAUGACUUCCUCUCUGCUCAGGAAUCAGAAUGAUGAUGGCAGGACUUUUUCGAAAAGCGGGAUUGGAUGGGGUGGGGUGUUGAGAGCGUUGGGCUUAUGGCUCUUGCAGGGAUCGCUUGUUUUUAUUUUUGUUUGUUUUGUUUUUUAGCAAUCCAAAUAAAAGUUAAUUAUGCCGUCGGUUGGUUGAGUGUGACUCCUCAGAUCUUCACAACAACUCAUUAUUAUUUGAUGUCAUUUGCUGCCUGUGCUCUGUAUCCAUUGAGGUACUGCUGGAACUGGGGGGAAACAACUUGCAGCAGGACUCAUUUUUUAUAUCAACUUUUCCAAAUUGAUCAACUUUCUAUGUACAAACAGUCAAAGUCACUGUGCUACAUCUGAAGUUUUGGAUGACACUAUUGCACACAAAUAGGGCUAUAAGUAAAAAAAACAACACUGCAUUUAAAAAAAAAAAAAUCUUCUUGUAGCAUAUUUUUACCUCUUGAGAGUUCUGACAUGUACUUUCCCCCCCCUGCUGUGAUGACAACGAGCAUUCAAGUCAUUGUUUAGUUGGAACCGUUGGAUUGAGCCGUGCGAGACCGUUUUUUUUUUUUUUUUUUUUUUUUCUCCUCUGUCUUUAACGCCAGUGCUUAUACAUGCAUGUAACCUGACCACUGGACUCUCGACAGACUCACGUUCUAGUUGUCAUGGUGAAUGUAAAAGAUUGACACAGUAAUUGUAGAAGGAAGCCCGCGUUGCUACUGCUGCUGGGCCCUUCAAAGCGAGGCAAUGCAAGGAGCAUGACCGACCGAUGGAGACAUGUUUUGAGUUUCAUUAAAAGUGUUCCUGCAUCUGAAA